AUGCUACCCAUCCACACACCGUUGUUAAUAUUCCUGGGAGUCGUUCAUACGACCAUCUGCGAUCCGAUUCCCGGACGUCCGGAGGGCGCCAACAUCCUCACGGCGCACCUACCCUUCCCCGAACGUCCCGUAUCGAUACUCUUCCCCGGAUCGCCGAUUAACGUCGUCCCGGUACCCAACGGUCCCAUCGGCCCCGGAGGUGUACCGGCUACUCCACCACCCAUCACCACGGGCGCCACCGUUGCCACCAACCCACCUACCGUCCCAACAACACUACCGGCCACUGUCCCGACCACAACGCUGCCUUUGGAAGUGCUCGGGACCACGCCAUUCCCCGGUGGUGUCCUCCCGACGGUUGGGGCUAUCCCAGGAGGUGUGGGGUUGCCCGCCGGCAGUGGACCGACGGUUCCAGGUGUGCCGGUGCUGGUGACACCCAUUCCGGGGCUGACGUCGACGACAGGGCGUCCUGGGAUACUGGGAUAA